AGUGCCACCCCAUUGCAACUGGAAAUCAACUCAAGAGAAGCACCAACACCAGAGCAGCUUCCCCACUCCUCUCUCUCUCUCUCUCUCUCUCUCUCUCUCUCUCUCCAGAAUACUCUCUCUUUCUAGUUUCUCAAAGCUCAUGGGAGGCAACAACGCAAGGCAGCAGCAGAACAAGAAGGGUCCUACUUCUAUGAUCAGCAGAGCUCCCUCUGCUGUCUUCAACAUGUUCAAGGCGGCAAAGAGGCCGGGGUCGUCGAGGAGAGUGGAGGACUCGUCGUGGGACGUGGACUCGAUGAAGUACUACAAGGUGUGGCCCAGCGACGAGGACAGAGGCCGUUACGUGGCCGAGCCGGGGAUCGAUAGGAAGGCCUCUGCUUACAUAGCCAAGAUUCGCGCUAAGACUACCGAUCAUAGUACCGCAGAGACAUGAGCAAUAAUUAAUUUCUCGAUCGCCAGUUCAAUGCUAUGAGUUACUAAAUCCACUUGAUCUACUACAUUUCGAAUGCAUGUCUCUUGUACGUAGGGUAAUUUGGUUAAAUUUACUCCUAGUUUGUAAAGUGCACUACUAAGAAGGAUGAAAUAAAUUUUAGAAUGAUUUGUUUAA